GGCGCAGACGCGUUUUCUCUUUCUCUCUCGCUCUUUCUUUCUCUCUCUCUUUCUCUCUCUCUCUCUCCUUUCCUCGCCGCUUCUGCUUUUCUCUCAGCGAAAACGAAACAGCAGCGCGAUUCUCUUUUCGGCGUGAAUCGUCGCCGAAAGUACGAGGAGAGUGCGCGUGGUGUGCCGAGAACAUUUGGCUCGCGCGAGGCAGGAUAGGAAGCACGGUAGCAAUGCCGACCAAGGGUGAAAGGGGCAACAAGGUCACGGAUUUCAGCAUCGCGGCCAUCAUGGCGCCGAGGGAUCCGUCCUUUGGCUCUUAUCACUUGGUCACGGCCACGAGCAAUGCUGCCUCCACCGCAGCUAGCACGCCGCUGGAAUGUGCUGCUAGCAAAGGAUCCUAUGGACCGGCCGCCGGUAGUCCCACGCACCUUGACCACCGAUUGCGCACGUCGCCGUUGAACAUCGUGGCGACAGCGACAGUGGUGACGGACAUCGAGGACAACGAGAGCGAGCCUGGCGCAGGCAUCGACGUGGAGAGUGUAGCGACCGACAAGUCGAUCGACGACGACGAAGAAGUCGACGUCGACGUGGAGGAGUGCAGCAGCGUGGACGAGAAUCCGGUGAGCGUCAGUUCCGACAACGGCGAGCCGCCUGUCAAUCGCCUCAAGAGGAGGCGAUUCGAUCAGAGCGCCGACGAGCAGCCGAAGAAAAAGCGACGCGGACCACCUCCGCCACCUCUGUGCAAUUCGGAGGAGCUGAGAGACGUGGAGUGCCACCUGGAGACCAAGGAGCUGUGGGAUAAAUUCAAUGACUUGCACACCGAGAUGAUCAUCACCAAGUCCGGCAGACGGAUGUUCCCGACGUGCCGAGUGUCAUUCAGUGGACUGAAGAGCGAUCACGAGUACGCAGUUCUGAUGGACAUCGUGCCAGUGGACAACAAACGCUAUCGUUACGCUUAUCACAAGAGUUCGUGGCUGGUCGCUGGCAAGGCGGAUCCGCCAGCACCGGCCAGGUUAUACGUCCAUCCCGACUCGCCGUUCAAGGGCGAACAACUGAGGAAGCAGGUCGUUUCGUUCGAGAAGGUUAAACUGACGAACAAUGAGAUGGACAAGCAGGGACAGAUAAUCCUCAACUCGAUGCACCGAUACCAGCCGAGGAUACACUUAGUGCGGCUGCGAAGCGGCGGAAGCGCGCAAAUUACCGAUCUCGAGAAGGAGGAGCACAAGACCUUCAUCUUCCCUGAGGCUAUCUUCACUGCAGUCACCGCUUACCAAAAUCAACUGAUAACGAAGCUGAAAAUCGACAGCAAUCCGUUCGCCAAAGGCUUCAGAGACUCAUCGCGCCUGACGGACUUUGACCGGGACCCGAUGGAGCUGAUGGAGCAGCAGCUGGUGCGCUGCGGUGUGCCGGCGGUGCGCCUGUACGAGCACCUCGGCCUCCACCCGCAGCAGGCCGCGGCCGCGGCGGCGGCGGCAGCGGCGGCGGCGGCGGCCGCCCACCCGGGCCACCCGCAGCAGCAGCAGCAGCAGCAGCAGCAGCCCUGGCCGUCGGCGGCUCUGCUGUACGCGGCGAGAGGCGCCCUCCCAGCCGCGGUGUCCGUCACCGCGACCAGCACGACCGGCUCGCCAUCUGGCGGCGGUGCCGGCCACCCCUACCCGUGGCCCUGGCAACCGUUGCCCCGCUCCUCGCCGCCUCAACGAUUCGUGCCCUAUCCCAGUCGGCCGCACAGCGAGAGUCCGCGACUCGACUAGAUGCGCCGCCGGCGUCUUUCCUACACACACCGAUAAGCCAAAGAUCCGAUGUACGCUGCCGGGGCCAGGCUUCUGCUGCUGCUUCGACACUCUUCUCUUUUUCGUUAUCCCUUACUAUUAUUAUUUGUAAAUAAUGUACCACACGCCCAAUGGAUCUUAGUUGUUAGCUCGUCGUCGUUGUGUAAUAUAUAGUUGAUUAAUUAUCGAUGUGCGUGAGUAAGAAGAAAGCGAGGGGGAAAUAAUGUUUAUGUAUCUUUAGGCUAACGAAAACGAUGAUUUUAACUUUAAUGAGAUAAGACAAACAAACCAACAAACCAGAUGAUGAGUUGUGAUAGCUGUACCAUACCGUCAUAGUAUUAUUAUUAUAUUGCGCCAAUCUCCGAACGAUUUCGUGAGCGCGUUAGUGAGAAUGCGAUGUGUAUGAUUGAGAGAGAAAGGGAGGCUUUCAAAUUUGUAUAUAAAUCAAAGGCGAUACUUCGUCUGUCGUCACGUGUAGAUUUUAUGGAAAAUCAUUCAACUCUGCGUGUAGCGUCAGGG